GGAUUGGCGGUUGAUCUUGCCGAACUCGCCUCCUCGUCUGUCUCCAGUCCAGGGCGGGGCUCACCGCUCUGUCUCCGCCAAACUGAAUCACAGCUACAACCAGCCAACCACCGGCAGACAGGAGAGGGGUGAAAACUUAGCCCGGCUCGAUCCAUGGAGCAGCGGCGUCGGGAAGCUCAGUCCGUGGGUGGGAAGCUUAGUCCCGGACGUUUCAGCCACAUCAGCCCGCAGGAGGACUGCCGCCGCCUCCUCCGCUGCUGCUGCUGCUGCUGCCGGUGCGAACAGGAACAGUGACCGGAUCUGACAGCAGCACCACACCGGGCUCGACUUCAUUUAAAAAGGAAAAGGAAAGAAACAUCUGCGCAGAAGAAGAAGCAGAAGCAGAAGCAGAAGAAGAAGCAGCGUUAAUUCCUGUCAGAACGAUGUGACCAACCACUAUCUGCUGUCUGGAGGACAAUCUGUGGAGUGGAAGCGGAUUUCUUUCUUUUAUUCUUUUUUUUUUAAAUACAUUUUUUUAUUACUACUAUAAUUAUUUUACACAGCUGGAGAUCAUCUGAGCGGCGUGUCCUGAGGCUGGCAGGCCUGGGCUGGGACAGAGAACAUGGCUGAACCACGGCGGGAGAGCACCAGCAGCCUGCAGAGGAAGAAACCUCCCUGGCUCAGGCUGGACAUUCCCACCGCUCAGAUGUCACUGGAUGAGCCUCCCACGUUUGUUCAGCCGGUGAAGAGGCAGGGGUUCCUGCGCAGCAUCAGCAUGCCUGUGGAGACGUCGCACUUCCAGUCGCCGCCUCGCGACCUCUUUGACAUGCGACGGCCCGUCUUACAGCGCCAGUCGUCCAUCACUCAGACCAUAAAGAGCAGCAGAAGGGUUCACUUUGAGCGGAUUAACACGGUGCCAGUUAAGGGCCAGCGAGCCGCUCGCCGUGGCACCAGGAAGCAUCACUCGCUCUCCAGAACCCUGCUCAGGGGAACAGCUGACUGGUUUGGUGUCAGUAAGGACUGUGACGCCACCCAGAAAUGGCAGCGGAAGAGCCUGCGCCACUGCAGCCUGCGCUACGGGAAGCUGAAGCCGCAGGUGAUCCGGGAGAUGGACCUGCCCAGCCAGGACAACAUCUCCUUAACCAGCACUGAGACCCCGCCUCCUCUCUACGUCCCCUCCUCCCAGCAUGGCAUGCAAAAGAUCGUGGACCCACUGGCGCGAGGACGAGCGUUCCGCAUGGUGGAGGAGGUGGACGGCUACAGCGUGCCUCAGACCCCCAUCACACCCGGAGCCGCCUCCCUUUGCUCCUUCAGCAGCUCCCGCUCAGGUCUCAACCGACUGCCACGGCGGCGAAAGAGGGAGUCUGUGGCCAAGAUGAGCUUCAGGGCCGCGGCGGCGUUAGUCAAGGGCCGUUCGUUACGGGAGAGCACUCUGCGACGGGCCCAGAGACGGAGCUUCACUCCUGCCAGCUUCAUGGAGGAAGAAUUAAUCGACUUUCCCGAUGAACUGGACACAUCCUUCUUUGCCAGAGACGUUCUGAUGCACGAGGAGUUGUCCACGUAUACGGACGAGGUGUUCGAGUCGCCGUCAGAGGCGGCCAUGAAGGAGGCGGAGCCCAGCAGCAAGAAGGACGAGACGGAGCUGACAGGGAGCGCGCUCGAUAAGACAGAACUGGAGCGAAGCCACCUCAUGCUACCUCUGGAACGAGGGUGGCGUAAAGCCAAAGAAGGAACCCCCGGACCACCGAAGGUGCCGCUGCGGCAGGAGGUGGUGAGCGUCAACGGGCAGCGGCGUGGCCAGCGCAUCGUCGUCCCCGUCAAGAAGCUGUUCGCCCGCGAGAAGAGGCCGUACGGGCUGGGGAUGGUGGGGAAGCUCACCAACCGCACCUACCGCAAACGCAUCGACAGCUACGUCAAGAGGCAGAUAGAGGACAUGGACGACCACAGGCCUUUUUUCACGUACUGGAUCACCGUUGUCCAUCUGCUCAUCACUAUCUUGGCUGUUUGUAUCUACGGUAUCGCACCGGUGGGCUUCUCCCAGCAUGAGACGGUUGAUUCUGUUUUAAGAAACAAGGGUGUGUAUGAAAAUGUCAAGUUUGUGCAGCAGGAGAACUUCUGGAUCGGGCCGAGUUCGGAAUCUCUGAUCCACUUGGGGGCCAAAUACUCUCCGUGCAUGCGGCAGGACAAGCAGGUGCACGAUCUUAUCAGGGAAAAGCGAGCCGUCGAACGCAACUCCGCCUGCUGCGUGCGCAACGAUCGCUCCGGCUGUGUCCAAACCUCAGAGGAGGAAUGCUCGAGCACGUUAGCCGUGUGGGUGAAGUGGCCGAGGCAUUCCAGCACUCCGCAGUUAAACGGUAAAAGCCGACAGCACGGCUCUGUGUGCCAUCAGGACCCCAGGACAUGUCUAGAACCCGCCUCGGUACCACCUCAUGAAUGGCCUGAUGACAUCACAAAGUGGCCAAUUUGCACCAGGUUCAACACAGGGAACCACACUAACCUGCCUCAUAUCGACUGCACCAUCACAGGCCGACCCUGCUGCAUCGGAACCAAAGGAAGGUGUGAAAUCACUUCCCGGGAAUAUUGUGACUUCAUGAAGGGCUACUUUCACGAGGAGGCCACUCUCUGCUCUCAAGUGCACUGCAUGGACGACGUGUGCGGACUGUUGCCUUUCCUCAACCCUGAGAUCCCAGAUCAGUUCUACAGACUCUGGCUCUCACUCUUCCUGCACGCCGGGAUCCUUCACUGCCUGGUGUCUGUGGCGUUCCAGAUGACCAUCCUGAGGGACCUGGAGAAGUUGGCAGGGUGGCUGCGCAUCUCCAUCAUUUACAUCCUCAGUGGCAUCACCGGCAACUUGGCCUCAGCCAUUUUCCUGCCCUACAGAGCUGAGGUGGGUCCUGCUGGCUCUCAGUUUGGGAUCUUGGCAUGUCUCUUCGUGGAGUUGUUUCAGAGCUGGCAGAUCUUGGCGCUGCCAUGGAGGGCCUUCAUCAAGCUGCUGUGCGUGGUGCUCUUCCUCUUCGCCUUCGGCCUACUGCCGUGGAUCGACAACUUUGCACACAUCUGCGGCUUCAUCUCUGGCUUCUUUCUGUCCUUCGCGUUCCUGCCCUACAUCAGCUUCGGCCGCAUGGACUUGUACCGCAAGCGUUGCCAAAUCAUCGUCUUCCUGCUGGUGUUCGUCGGCCUCUUCUCGGGCCUCGUGGUGCUCUUCUACAUCUACCCCAUCAAAUGCGAGUGGUGCGAGCUGCUCACGUGCAUCCCCUUCACGGACAAGUUCUGCGAGAAGUACGAUCUCAAUGCUCACCUGCACUGAGGUCGUGGACGCGGCAAGCUCAAACAGGAAGGUCAACAGGUCAAAAAAAAAAAAAAAAAACUGUCCUCCUGUGUGGCCGGGAACUGUCGCCCCCUGUCUGUGAACUAUGACAAUAUGCUUGUGUUUAUUUCUUUUCUUUAUUUUUUACUCUGUCAGUAUGAAUAUGCCACUCUUUUAAUCACGUCACACCUUCACUGUCCAGUGAAACAAAGGCAUGGCACUCGUGAACCUCAGUAUCGACCCCCUUUACACUUGAGGAUGCAGGAAUAAGACAAACCAGCGCUGGUACCAAGAAGGAAUUGUGUUUUUUUAUUACACACCACACAUAGGUUUUAUUAUUAUGAUUAUGAUUAUUAUUAUUAUUAUUUUUAUUAUUAUUCAGGCAACCUCACACUGAAGCAGGGACAAAAUAAUAUCAGAUAUUACCUUUGGUGCCUUGUUGAAAAAUGUACCAACUACUGCCAUAUUUUUGUUACAGUAUGCUGAACACUCGAAUGUUUGUUUUUGUUGUUUUUUUCCUCCUACUCUUCCCUCUUAUUUGUUUUAUUGCUUCUCUCUGUGAAGUGAUGAUUGUUCCUGUGCAACGGUAUCGUUUUAGCUACCAGUUCUUACUCACAUGUGUAACUGAAAACAACAGUGAAAAAACAAACAAAGAGAAAAGAAAAAGUCCAUAAAAUAAAAAUGUCUGUGACUUUC